CCUGCCGCCCUAUACGUGGCACGAACGCAUGAAAUUCUUUUUCCCAACCUUCGGUACGGUCCGCCAUUUUAACAUACGGAAGUGUUGAAGUUUUAUGUUUUAAUCGUUGAUACAAGCCUCGUAAAAAUUGAAUAAAUAAUUUUAUUAGUGGAAAAAGGUAUUUAUUCAACAUCGAUCAUGGGGAAUAUGUUUGCGACGUUAUUCAAAGGCCUCUUUGGCAAAAAAGAGAUGAGAAUUCUCAUGGUUGGUCUCGAUGCAGCCGGUAAAACAACAAUUCUGUACAAAUUAAAAUUAGGAGAAAUCGUAACGACGAUUCCCACUAUAGGCUUCAAUGUAGAGACUGUGGAGUAUAAAAAUAUUAGCUUUACUGUAUGGGACGUGGGUGGUCAAGACAAAAUCAGACCUCUCUGGCGACACUAUUUCCAAAACACGCAAGGGUUAAUUUUCGUGGUGGACAGCAAUGACAGAGAACGUAUUGGAGAGGCACGUGAAGAAUUGAUGCGAAUGCUGGCUGAGGAUGAACUCAGAGAUGCUGUACUCUUAAUAUUUGCCAACAAACAGGACCUCCCAAAUGCAAUGAAUGCAGCAGAGAUAACUGAUAAAUUGGGACUUCAUUCGUUACGCAAUCGGAACUGGUAUAUCCAAGCAACGUGUGCCACAAGUGGUGAUGGCCUAUACGAGGGUCUUGAUUGGCUCUCAAAUCAGCUUAAGAAUGCAAACCGCUAAUCUCCACUACGACUAAUUGAUUGAUUCCUACAUUUUAAAUCGAGAUGAGAAAAAAAAGUAAAAAAAAAACCACAUUAUUACGAUCAUUAAAAACAAUGACGAGAAAUCGAUGAAAUAAAACACAGGAUAUGUAUUUGCGAACGGUUCACACUAACCUAUGCCCCCUCUACUGAAGAAAAAGUACAAAAAAGUCGAGGAAAAUUUACAAUUUCUACAGAAAACCAAAUCAACGGAAACAUUAGUCGAGGAAAACAUGAUGAGUCGAGUUUUUCAUUGCAGACAUUGUCUUACAUCUCGAAAACCCUGACAUUUUGGGAAAAAUAUCUUUAUCCCUUUUUCUAGCUUUGAAAAAUCUUACAAAAAAAUGUAUCUGGAUAUUUAUCCCUUGGAUCACAACUAAGGAAAAUCAUGUCAUUCAAAGUACGUGACAAACCGACUUUUCACGCUUUUCUCGACGACAAAUCAAAUAAACAAUUUUUUUUUUCAUUAAGAAUUAUUUAAGACAACAGGGGGAGGUUCAGUAACAUCUCGGAAUCCUAGAGAAAUUGGAGAAAAAUGAAUAAACAUCGGGAAAAAUUCCAGAGCUGUGGAGAAUGACAAGUUUUUGUGUUUUAAAUGGUAAAGAAUUAUUGGAAAAUUGCGAGAUCCUUGAGAUGCACUUAUGGAUGGCAUAGCUGACUCUUAAAAUCCACCAUAAUUACUUUAUGAUUUUCUCCGUAUUUCUCUUCACUAAUUUAACGGAAAAUUAAGACAGAUAACAAAAAAACAUUGUCCAUUAAAUCUUAUAAUGAUUAAUUAUUAUUGAUUAUUGUAUUAUUAUUAGUAUGAUAAUUACAAGUUUUUACACAUAAAUUAAUGAUUAUGCGCGACUUGAGUGGAUGGGUAUGAUAAUUCAUUAUUCGAAGAAUAUUAUGAUCCCUUUUCUUUUCAUUGUAAUUGGAAAUUUUUUUCUUUUUCUGAUUUUUCGUAACAUAAAUCUUAAAUGAAAAUCAUUUUUUUAGUGUUUUAGACUAUUUUUUAACCUUGAGAUCAUAUGGCAAGGGUGAGUGAAGGAAGGAGAAUUAAGUUUUUCGUAUUGUUUGAGAUGAAAAGCCAGAAAUGAACAGCAGAUGUUUUAUUUGAUUUUUUUUUUUUUUUUUUCAAAUCGAAAAAUUGAAGAAGAACAUUUUCACAUUAAGAGACCCACAUUGAGGUUUUUUAAAUUCCCUUUCCCCGUAUCCCAUCAUCGGACCCUAGUUCCAACUAUGUAGAGAUGGACAAAAAUAGGGAGAUAAAGCCCGGCGCCAGCUAUAAUUCAUCUGACAUGCAAGUGGAUAAAUAUACUUUCCCAACUUUCAUUUAAUUGAAAUCGGAGAAAUACGUAAAAUAUGAGGUGACGGCCACCUGUUUGGUUGAAUCAUUUGCACGCCCAUUUUAUCGAUGGUGCUCACCUCUUGAGAGCAACCAUAAAAAAAACUCACCACAGGCUCCAAUGUUACGCCGUUGUACCUAAAAUGAAUAAUAGCAAGUCCAAGUACUUAUUGGCAGACAUGUCUAAAUAAUUAGCUACCCACUAGCUUCGAUAUUAUUCCAUAUUUUUCUAAUUUUAGUCACAUCAUUACGGAAUUGUCAUCAAACGAGCAGUGUGUCAGAGGUUUUUCACGGUAGCCAUAUCCCAUAUAUUUCUCAUUGGGCUAUUAGAGUAUAUUAAAAAUGCUGAUGAAAAAUCCAAGAGAGGAGAAUAGAAACUCAUUUUUUUUUAUUUUUUAUAUAUAGUAUAUAAUAUACGCAUAACAUAGCUAAAAAGCAUACAAGUAUAAAGUGAUAACUCGAAUCGCUAUCUGUUGGAGCAAAUAUUUGCCCCGACUUUUAGCCGUAUUCAAGUAUUGAACCAUAAAUUUUGACUGACCAAUAGAAAAAUGAAGAUAUUGCCAAACUCUUUAAUUGGAGGGUAUUUUACAUGAAAAUGAACAAAAAAAAAACAAAAGAAUGAGACUAGUAGUUCUUCACUUAAUGAGGAAUAAAUAUUUGAGAAAGCAAUGAUUCGAUUUCGUUCAUCUUCAAUACCAAACUAAAAGGGUAGAUUGUUGUUUUAAAUUUUCAUUUCGAUUAUGGUUUUGAAUUAUGGCGCACGCAGGCAAAAUGAAAGAACGAAUAUAAAGUUGAGAAAUUGCUCUAUCUUCAGUACGGCUCUGCAAAUAAACUUGAAUUUAGUUUUAAAAUUGCACUAAUGAAAACACUAAUUUUCAGCAUCAUUGCACCCAUUGUUCUCGACUAAUAACGACAGAUCUCGACAGAUGAUUACAAAUGUCCACACACCUACAGACAAUAUUCAAAAACAUGAUUUUUUAAACAUAACUCACAUGUCUAAGCAUUCCCAAUAAAAAUUAGCUUAUCGAAAAAAAAAUACGAUUACAAUUUUCCAUUGGAAAGAAACACUUUCAGCGCGCAACACUUACUUUAGCAGAAUUUAUUAAUUUAUUUGUAUGUGAAAUAAAUUAUAAGGAAUGCCGAGCUUUAUUCCCCAUGAUCUGGCAUCUUUAAAUAGGCCGGAAUUAGGUAAGGAUUAAAGGGCUUGCAAGUACUUGUAGUCCAUCUUCCAUAAAGACAACAUAAGAGAAUUGAGAAGAAGAAACAUUAAGGUGGAGAAAAUUUUCCUUGUUUUUGGAUGAGAAAAAACAUUAGCCUUAUAGAGACUUUCCUAGGCCCUGGUGAUAUUCUCAAUUUCCCCGAGUUAUUUUCCUUGUUUAAUAUUCGAUAAAAUCAUCAGUCAAGUGCUGAUGUUUAAUUUAGAAGACGAAUUUUUUUUUUGCAUUUGGCUGAAUGUAUAACGACCUUUUUCCAGCUGAAAUCAUUUUGAAGAAAAACAUUCUUAUCACGUUCUCUAGGAUUCCACGUUAAUAAAAUCAUUCUAACGAAAAACGUGGCAAAUCGAUUUUCCAUGUGAUAAAACCAAAAAAUGGUAAUUUUUUUAUUCCUUUUCUAAACAUCAUGGCAUUACUUGGUAAUUAUUUAGGACUUUGGCAUUAGCUACCUCCUAGGCCUAGCAGCCAACCAGUCUGCAGGGUUUUCUGAGGACGCUAGUGUCAAUAAGCUAAAUAGUUGGCUAUAAUUUUAACAUUUUUUGCUGGAGGCGGGUGAUAUCACUGACUGAGUGUCCCUGAGAAGUUUGAGAAUUCAGUAAAAAUCGGAAAAAGGAAAUAGAAUAGAUCCAAAGAGAAAAAAUAGAGAGACAUUCCGAUUUAUCCACGUAAAGAUAAUAUGUUUUUAUCUUUUGCUCUUCUGAAAGAAUAAUUUUUCAUCACGGAGAAAUUAACGAAGAAGAAUUAAUGUUUUAUCAGCUCAAGAUAAUUUUUCACUGUUCUUUUAGUUGAUUCACUUCCGCAAUUUUAAUCCGCUGAGGGCCCCAAAUACCCAAAACCAUAAAAAAAAGACGUCGAACCGCUGGCGAUGACCUUCCAAAGUGAAAAAAAAAACAACAGAAAACAAGAAUUAAUAGAUGAAAACCAAGUGAAAAGUAAUAAAAGUGAGAUAGUGAAUUAGUCCU